ACUUUGCGUGGUUCGAAGAUAAAAUUUGUACACGAUAUUUGUACCUGCGGAAGCAGCCUCGCGACCACAGCAUCUCGCCAAACCGGCGGCCGAGGAUGAGAAGACGAAAAUUGCGAGGUCGCGUGCGGCUGGUAAACGCCGUUGAACGCGCGUUCCAAAUCAGCGGUCGCGUGGGCCUCGUUCGACGCAUCGGUCAGCAAGCCUCGAAUACCUUCCCAAAGGCCAGUGACCAGGACAGACAGUUGUUCCUGCUUUGGCGCUUGCCCAUACGUAACAAGUUCACGAGACUCGGGGCAUGGCAUGGGACGCCAAGGUAUGGGUCUUCGCCCAGAAGGAUGACAGGACCUGCGUGUGCGCGCCCAGUAUGUGGGUCAUCCUGUACGGCAGUGGGCUGGGCGUUUUGGCCGUGCUCGUUUGUUCCGGGUUGAUGUUCCAGUUGGGACUCGAAUCAACCGGGAUUAGGCCAGGCAGCGCAAUCGCCUGGAUUCAGGCACGCCUUCGCGGGACGCGGUUUCGGCGCGUCGUUUCAACUCUCCAAAGCUGGACGAGGCACGGCGUCCCUGAAAACCUCAAACUCAUCGUGGCCAUCUUGGCCACGGCUUCAGCAACCUUCUGGCUGACCAGGGGGAGUGAAGGAAUGCUAAUUUAAUUUCAUUUCCUUCAAGUUUCAUCAACACAUCAUACUACAUACAUACAUACAAAUACAUACAUACAUUCAUCAUACAUACAAAUACACAAACACCCCAUCUGCCGCUGCUGUCACACCUUCUGCGGAGGAGAUGGAAACCGCUACAGUGCCAGCUGCUCAGAGCACCACGCCCACGUCACCCGACCAUACAGGCUCCUCGACUGGCGAGGAUGAGGAGCAGAAAAUGGCCGUGAAAAUCAAUGAGGAAAACUUGAGGGUCUCUAGGGAAGCUGCCGCUACGGCUCCCGCCACCACCGCCCCAAGUGACGCAUUGAAGAAGGGUGACGCAGAAGCCGACGGGGACGCCUCCGAGGCCCUUGCAUCUUGUCCUGCAGACGACAUGGAGGAUAGCGAAGAGAAUGAGGAGGUCGAGAAGCAGGAGGAGGAGAAUAACACUGGCGGCAGCAAAGAGAGCGGUGACGCCAAGGCUCCCCUGCUCAAGUACAGCUACCACGAGGACCAGUGGAGCCCUGUGAACCCUGAAGGGCGCAAGCAGUACGACCCGCAGUUCUUGCUCAUGCUUCAGGGGUAACCGAUGUCCCCGAAGAAGCCGUCCGGCCUGCCCAACUUGGAUGUCAUCAAAGACACGGCCAUGCAGCACAAGCUUCCAGACCUUUCCCGAGGAGGCCCGUACCAGGGCGGUGGCCAGUCUUCUAUGGGUGGUGGCCCAGGUGGUGGACCUAUGGGUCGUGGUGCCCACCCUGAACACUUGUUCAUGCCUCCGUACGCGCGCAAUGGCGUGGCCCGGCCGCCCCCCGGAGGGGGUGGCGGUAGGCCUGGCCGGAGGCAGAGGCAGCCUGGCCGUGGUGAGGACAAGCCCAAGAAGGUAAUCACACUGUCGAGCUCACUCAACCAGGAUGUCAAGCUGCACGCAGCACAGAACGCCUGGAAGCCCUUCCACAAGUCGGCCGCCGAAAUUGCGGAUGAGGAAGCUGCGGCGGAGGAGCUCUACCGGCGGGUCCGGGGCAUCCUGAACAAGCUGACGCCGCAGAAGUUCCAGUCGCUGGUGGAGCAGGUGCGGAACCUCGAGAUCAACUCAGAGGAGUGCCCCAACAAGGUCAUUGACCUGGUGUUUGGGAAGGCCCUCGAUGAGCCAAACUUCAGCGCCAAUAUGUGCAAACACUUGGCCAUGUUUGAAGUGCCCGUCACCAAUGACCCCGGGGGGCGAAUGGUCAACUUCCGCAAGCUGCUGCUACUCAAGUGCCAGAAGGAGUUCGAGAAGGACACCUGCGAUGACAUACGUAAGGAGGAGCGCCUCAAGAAGAUUGAUGCGCUCACCGACGAGGAGGAGAAGGCCAAGCUCAUGGACGAGCUCCUCGAUGACGAGAAGAAGUCAAAGCGGCGCUCUCUAGGCAACAUUCGCUUCAUAGGAGAACUCUAUAGUCUCAGCAUGCUGACGGCGCCCAUUAUGUUCGACUGCCUAAGGCGGCUAAUCAACUCCAACGACGAGGACUCCCAAUUGGAGCUUACCGAGCCGCACGACACUGACAAAUAGUUUGUUGCCCGCAGUUCAUAGGAAACGACAAAAUUAAAUCUGCUCUGCUCGAUGCCCCAGCUGUUUGCCUGACGUGUGAUGGAUGGCCGAAUAUUAAUAUUACUAGCUUAUAUGCCAUCACUGCUCAUGACAUUGAUCAGGCCACUUGCUUACGAUCGUGUCUCAUUGAAUUCCCGGGAUUUUCCGGCACACACGCGAGUCGCAACAUAGCAGCCUGGAUAAACGAAGCUCUAGAAAGGUUUGCUAUCAGAAAUAAAAUCUGUGCAGUUGUCACUGACAAUGCCGCUAACAUGAAAGCAACCGUCACAGAAUUCAAUCUGCGACACCUGGGUUGUUAUGCGCA